CUCAGACACACAAACGUAGAAGAUAAAAAGCAGAAAUUUAUCUUCCAGUCUUCACAAUAUCGUUAUAACCGGAAUAUGAGGUCACUGCCCAUCGGAGCUGCUUCUGGGCUUCGUUGUCCACUUUGACGCUUGUUCACAUCCUGUGGCUGGGGCAGGCGGGAGACAAGCGACGAAGUCGCUCAUCACGACACGUCGCAAUCUCUGUCAGCCAGUUGUUCCUGCCAGCCCAUUUCGUUUUCCAUUCUCACUUCGUUUAUUUUUCAAAGGUCACCCCUUUGCGUCCUGCAAAGGCAUGGUUUCCUUUUGGCCAUGGGGGAAGGAAAAUCCUUCCCCAGCCUUGUUCGAGAAGACUCUCUCUGCUCUCGCCGCCAAAAUCACAUCUACCCAGACACACCUCGAUCAGAGCCGGGCAAAGUCAAGGCGGGUCAAGGUCCUCUGCACGCUCUACCUCGGGUUCGCUUACUUGGUUUAUGGCAUCGUCCUGGUGCUGG